AUGUGGAGAGUGUGCGUCGACUAUACUGACCUCAACAAGGCAUGUCCUAAAGAUAACUUUCCACUACCGAGAAUUGACCAGCUCGUCGAUUCAACUUCCGGCAAUCAACUGCUAAGCUUUAUGGACGCCUACUCCGGUUACAACCAGAUCAUGAUGCAUGAAGACGACAAGGCAAAGACCUCUUUCAUCAUCGAAAGAGGUACCUACUGCUACAAGGUCAUGCCCUUUGGGCUGAAGAACGCCGGGGCAACCUACCAAAGGCUAAUGAACAAAAUUUUCAAGGAGCAAAUCGGCAAGACUAUGGAGGUCUAUGUAGACGACAUGCUAGUCAAAGCUCCCGAGCGAGCAGACCACAUCGAGAAUCUUGCCGAGGCAUUCAGCCUACUCCGAAAAUACAACAUGAAGUUGAACCCGAGCAAAUGCACAUUUGGAGUCUCGUCCGGCCGAUUCCUUGGAUACUUAGUCACCCAAAGAGGAAUUGAGGCACAUCCAAAUCAAAUCAAGGCUAUACUCAACAUGAAGUCACCUGCCACAACAAAGGAGAUACAAAGUCUAACGGGUAGGGCGGCAGCUCUCAACCGAUUCCUCUCUAGAUCUACCGACAAAUGCAGGCCAUUUUUCAAAGCCUUGAAGAAGGGACACAAAGACAAGUAG